AUGUCCCUUUGUCCCACCUUUUUGUUACGGGUCUCGUUUCCAUCCCCCCUAGACUGCAGGGCCAAAGGGAUUCGUAACAGUGACAAUGAGAUUGUGAAAGUAAAGGAGAGAGGACGCAUCUACACAGUCACACAGAGCCUGCUGGUGAAGGCUGAGGGAACAGAGAAGACCGACACCUACAACUGGUUGCUGUGUCCAACUGGAGAAGCUCUGACAGAGGAGGUGGAACUGCAACUCCCCAAGAAUGUGGUGGAUGGAUCUGAUCGAAUUUCUCUCUCAGUCCUGGGUAAAAUAAACCAUUGUUAGAGAGACAUAGUGAGUUUAGAGAGGCGUAGUGGUGAGAUAAGCCAUCAGGUCAAAGGAAUUGUACGUACAGCUCCAAGACAGGA